AUGCGCGCUGGCCGCGUGUCGGUACUCGCCGUGCUCUUCCCAGCCCGGUCGCUGGCCCUGCUACUGCAGGACGCUGGCGCUGGCGCAGCGGAACCGACGGGGCCAUUGCCGACAGGGGCGGCGAUUUCCGCGGGCAGCGGAACGGCGACACCGCUCUCGACGGGGAUGGUCGCGUGGAUCCACAUUCCCAAGACGGGGGCAUCGUCUCCGCCCUGCCCAUUUGCCAAAACGCUCUACCACAACAGGCACCUUUGCCCAGACUUCCCCGUGGACCGCUUCCUGAGGCGUGACGGCCGCGUCGAGGAUUUCUUGCGAUGCAGCGCAAAGCUGCCGUGGUCCUGUGUGAAUCAGUUCUGCCAUGGAGCCGUGCAUGAACUGUUCUACGGCUCGCACAGGGGCGUGGGGAAGCUUGUGAACGUGGUCAAGGAUCACAUGGUGGGCUUUUUUCGCCAACCAGAAGAGCGCCUCAUUGCCGCGUGGCACCGCGGCAAGCACAGUUGGAAAGGCCCUGCUCCGCAAAACAUAUCCGAGUUCGCCGACCGCAUACAGGGUUGUCAGGCGAGGACGCUCACCAUGGACGGUUGGCGCAAAUGGGAGAUAUGCGGGAACCCCCACAAGCCUUCCAAAGAGCAAGUGCAGCAGGCCGUCCAGCUUGUGAGCAACAUGCCCUUCGUUGGGCUCGCUGAGCACUGGGAUUUUUCGAUUUGCUUGUUCCACAAGGUGAUGAACGGCACGUGUGCGGACCACGACUUCGUCAACAUGCGCCCCGGAAGCAAGCAUUCUAACAAAGGGGACAGUGUGAAGUCGUUACUGGGAGAUUGGACUGACCCGUAUGACACGCCUCUAUAUGAUGCUGCCCAGGUCAGAUUUUGGGCUCUUAUGGCGGAGAACGGGCUAAACCGCGAAACGUGUGCCCGAAUCUGCGCAGGAGCCACGAAGAGCAGGCCGUUCGCGGUGCAUCAUGAGGGCGCCCACACGUCCAAUCUGAUAUCCCAUUUUGAUUGGCCAGGCCGCCCGUUCUACGAUGCCGACAGUGCUGUCGACGUCGACUACAAUUAUGUUUGA